UUUUGGUGACUUUUCAAAUUUUUACAACUUGUGAUGUUUUCUUUGUCGUAAAGUGGAUCCAUUAUCCAUGCACCGCCAUUGAUUGAUUGGUCCAUGUAUAUUUUCCUCCACAAAUCAUAAUCUGUCUCCAAUCAGAGAGCCGUGUGAGACUCUAAACCAUAUCAUUUACAUCAUCUUCCAACUUCACAUUCUUCUACUCAUCCUUGCAACAAAGCUCACAAACCCCAAUGGAGAAGCAAGAAGCAAUAGUUCUUUAUCCAUCACCACCAAUAGGCCACUUAGUCUCCAUGGUCGAGCUAGGCAAACUCAUCCUCUCCCAAAACCCAUCUCUCUCCAUCCACAUCAUCUUAGUCCCACCUCCUUACCAGCCCGAAUCAACCACCACCUACAUCUCCACCGUCUCCACCUCCUUCCCUUCAAUCACCUUCCACCGCCUCCCAACCGUCACACCCUACUCCUCAACAACCUCACAAAGCCACGAGGCGCUCAUCUUAGAAAUCAUCUGCUUCAGCAACCCGAACGUCCACAGGACUCUCUUCUCCAUCUCCCAAACAUUCAACCUCCGUGCCAUGAUCAUCGACUUCUUCUGCACCGCCGUGCUAGACGUCGUCGCCGGUGACUUCACUUUCCCGGUUUACUACUUCUUCACCUCCGGAGCCGCCUGUCUCGCCUCCUUCUUCCAUCUCCCUACUCUUGACGAAACAACCGCUGGAAAAAACCUCAAAGACGUCCACACGCUGCUCAACAUCCCCGGCGUUCCUCCGAUCAAAGGCUCUGAUAUGCCUACUCGGGUACUUGACCGCAACGAUGAGGUCUACGAUGCAUUUAUAUCCUUCUCUAAGCAGCUCUCGCACUCUUCAGGGAUCAUCAUCAACACGUUCGAGGCAUUAGAGAACAGAGCCAUCAAGGCCAUAACAGAGGAGCUCUGUUUUCGCAAUAUUUAUCCAAUAGGACCGCUCAUUGUUAAGACAAGAACCGGAGAUAAUAAAAACGUAGAUUCUUGUCUGAACUGGCUAGAUUCUCAGCCAGAACAGAGUGUUGUCUUCCUCUGUUUCGGGAGCUUGGGUUUGUUUUCGCAAGAACAGCUCAAGGAUAUUGCUAUCGGUUUAGAGAGAAGCGAGCAGAGGUUCUUGUGGGUGGUUCGUAAUCCACCAGAGUUACAAAACCAAACAGAACCGGACUUGGAAGCUAUAUUACCGGAUGGGUUUUUAAACCGAACCGGAAACAGGGGAAUGGUGGUUAAAUCAUGGGCUCCGCAAGUUCCGGUUCUGAACCAUAAAGCAAUCGGUGGGUUCGUGACUCACUGCGGCUGGAACUCUAUUCUUGAAGCUGUUUGCGCGGGUGUGCCGAUGGUGGCUUGGCCGUUGUAUGCUGAGCAGAGGUUUAAUAGAGUGGUGAUUGUGGAUGAGAUCAAGAUUGCUAUUUCGAUGAAUGAAUCGGAUACGGGCUUCGUGAGUUCCAUGGAGGUGGAGAAACGAGUUCGGGAGGUAGUGGAGGAGGGUCCGGUUAGGGAGAGGACCAAGGCUAUGAAGAAUGCAGCUGAAUCAGCUUUGGUUGAAACCGGUUCGUCUAGGAACGCGUUGACUGCUUUACUCGAGUCGUGGAGUCCAAAGCAAACUUAGACUCUGCGUCAGGUUGUUGAAUUACUAUUGAUUAAAAAUUAUCAAAAAUUAAAAAAUACAGUACGAUACAUUUAUUAUGGUAGUUUAAUAUGUUUUUGUGAAAGUAAACAAUAUAUCUUUGUGGAACAGAUGAAGUAGUUCUUUGUUAAACCAACAAAUGGUAUUAGAAUUUGUCA